AUGGGCAACUUUUCCACCAAAGACAAUCAUGGACCCACAGUGUCCCAUUUGGAAUCCUUCCACACUCCACCUUCUUCUCCACAGAGUGAUGGACCUUGUCUCGUUCCCAGUGUUCCUCAUCUUCCACCUUCCACAGCAGCCUCAACUGCAUCCCUGCCUCCCACACAAGGCAUCACUAUCAGCUGGAAGAGAUCAUCGCAAAGCACUUCCAGCACCUCCAGCACUUCCAUUCCACCUCCUAACUGGAGUCCUCCUCCACCAGUCAUCCCAAACAGCUCCACGGUUGUUCCUGGAGUGAGCGUGGUGCACAAGAAGACAGGCAGUACCGUGGCAGGCAGAGUGGAGCCUUCUUUAGGAAGGAAUGGGGGUCUUCCGACGUCUUCAACCCAUACUUCAGUCUCCCAUGUAAAAAGUGUGGCUGUCAGUCCUGUAAAAAGCCCUUCGCCGGUGUGUAGUGAGUCACCUGCCAGCAGCUGUUUGGAGCAGAACUGCAAAGAAGGAGACAAAGGUCUGAGUCAGACUCUGCUACUUGGUGAUGAAAAUAGGGACAGCCAAAGUGAGGAGCUGGUGGAACUGUUGGAGGAGUGCAGGACCACACUGGGUAUUUCUGCCAAUCAGGACGGGACCACAAAUUCAACAGAGAUACUGACACAUCUGCUGACUGAAGUGAAAAGUUUAAAGACUACUUUACAGACAGAGCGCGGAGAAUGGCUGCAGUUCCAGGCGGACCUCCAGGUGGCGGUGUCCGUGGCAGACCGCCUGAGAGCUGAGACAGAGGAGGAACUCACGGCGCUCAGAUCUGCCCAUCAAGACACUGAGAGGGAGCUGGCAGCAGCUCACCAGAGACAGAAAGAGGCUGAAAUGCAGCUGGUCACCCUGCAGGGAGAGCUGAAGGACACCAGGCAAAGACUGGCCACUCUCACAGAGACCAAAGAUAAAACCAAAACCCAUGUUCAGUGUGAGGAACCAGAGAGGCCCAGUGGAGAAUCCAAAAACUCUGACAGCAAAGAAGGAUCUAAUAGAGGCAGGGGGAGGGGGCUGUACAGGGUGGGAGGAGAAGGGAUGGACAGUAAGAAUCAGAAUGAAGUGAUGAAAAGUCUUGAUGAAGAUGCAAAAACAAACUGUAAAGGUGUGACUCAGCGUUACCUGAGAAAUGUGAAAAACGAGGAUAAGAAGGGAGCCGAUGUUCUGUUUAACGAGACACGAAAGACGGCGUCCACAGAGAGGUCCAGAAGCCUGUCCAGAUUACCUGCCUCUACAGACUCUCUCACCAUACACAAUGGAACAUGUCAGUCCAUCUCGGCUUCAAAGCUUGGGCCUGCAAGCAAGAACGCUGGGCAGCUAAAGGGACGGAAGAGUGUUGACUGGCAAGAAGACAAGUCAUCCAGUGACACAGGAAAUCGUGAAGAGUCUUUAAAUAAGUACAACUCAGCUCUCAGUGAGAUGCCGUCCACCAAGGUGCAGGAUGGUUUCAACCUGCUGCUCCGUCGCCAUGGAGGCUCGAAGAGGAACUCGCUGCUCCGCUGGUGUCAGAGCCGAACUCAAGGCUACAAGAACAUUGACAUUACUAACUUCAGCAGCAGCUGGGUGGAUGGUCUCGCGUUCAGUGCCGUCUACCACACCUACCUCCCCUCUCACAUCCCUUACAGCUCCCUGAAUCCAGAGAACAAGAAGGAGAACCUCAGUCUGGCAUUUAAAACCGGAGAGAGUGUGGGGAUUUCACCAUCUCUGACGGUAGAUGAGAUGCUGAGGGUGGGUGGACCUGACUGGCAGAGGGUCCUGAACUAUGUGGAGAGCAUCUACCGACACUUUGAGAUGUGACUGCAGGAUAUACAGAUAAAUAAUCCCAAAGAAGAACAUAUAAAAGGACUAUAACAGA